CAACGUCAGCGGUUCGCGUCUUCCGUUCUGACCUUUUUCCCACGCAGAUCUGCAUCCCCUAUCGUAUACGGUUUCCGAAGCAACCACGUUGUAUUACAAACAGCGCCUUCAAUAUGGGAGAAGCUACGGGCGAAGACAGCCAAAUCGCAGGAAAGAAGCGCAGUCCCUCGCCCUCGGAUUCGCAACCCUUCUUCGACAUCAAUGCCAUCCUGGGCAAUAACAACGAACCGUCCGCACCGUCUCUCCUGCUCCCUCCUCGAAAGCGCCUUAACAGAGGCCAGUCCGCCGCCCUUUUCAAACCGCUGGCAGGCGUUUGCCUAUUGGGGCUGAAGAGUACCAGUCCGGAUGUCGCUGCCCAAACGCUUACCAGUGAGCAUACCGUGGAGCAGGAAAGUGUCUACGAAACUGGAGGAGCCAGGAAGCAUCAGCUCGCUCAACCAAACAAGCUCGCUUCUGCGCCUAAGCCCCUUUUGAAAAGAUUCAGGCCUCCUACUACACCUUUUUCAGGACCUUCGGAGACUCGCUCGACGCCGGUUGAAAAUGUCGAUGCUGACCGUGGGAAAGUGCUUGUCAAACCUUCGCAAACACCGCGUCAAGCUUCGACGCCCAUUCCGUCUUUGAGGCGCGCCCCGAGCAAGUCUCCCAGUGAAUCUGACAACGUCCCUGAAACUGGGCGUAUGCAGAUGCCUGUUGAACAAAAUACCGCGAAUGAUGUUGAACAAGCUAAGCCGGUCACCCCGAAACUCUUUAAAAUGCGACCUCUUACAGGUUCGGUUAUGGUAGCAUGGUACUAUCGGCUAGAGCUAAUUAAAUUCGUUGUAGGGCGGACCUCCGUUCGUCAACCAACGGUACCGGUGACUCCUGUCGCCACUCCGAAUCGUAAUGUCGUUCGCACUGGAGUUGACAGCGGUCAAAGCGAUGUUUCCGGCACCGCAGGCAAUGGCGAAAAGGCUUCUGAUGAACAGAGCGUAGUCUACCCCUCGCCCAGACCGGAAACAAGGGGCAAGUUCACAGGUCUCAAGCUUCCCACGCGGGUGAAUCCUCAUGCAUCAUCGACGAAACCCUUCACGCCGGUUCAACCUCGGACAAUGACAAGCGACCCGUAUGAGGCAACUUUGGAAUCUUCACAAUCACGCAUGUCACCCGUUCAAAUUCCGAAAGCUAGAGAUGAGUAUCUUCCACAAAGCCCACACGCGCAUCAAGCUCGAAAUGUUUCUGCGCUCGACGUGCCCGUUUUACAAAAGUCAUUGAGAAGUUCAGUUACUCCUGAGACUGAUGGUGAUUUUGGUGGACAUCUGCGUCAUAGCAAAAGCGAUUGGAACGGGGGAAGGGAAUCGUGCUCCUACACUGAUACAGAAAGCGGUAGCAACCUUAAAGAUCGGGCACCGGACUGUUUCUCAAGUGGAGAGCCAGUUGAGUCGUCUCACUCAGGAGCGCCAACAGGCAUGGCCUUCAAUGCUCGACAGCGAGAAUUGCCACAGUCUGAGGAUGUCAUGCAGUUAGAUUUCGCAAAUUUGAGGGAUCAGUGCGCCAGUGCUCGACAGGAGAACGAGCUUGCUGCUAACAACGCUUUGCAAGAUCUUGCGGAGUAUCAAGAACAAUGUUUGUUGCAACAGAUGGAGUUGGACAAGGUGGAUCGGGAUCUAGUUGCCAUUCGCACCGAGUUGGCAGCACAGCAAGCCGCGGUUCUGAAUCUGAGCAUCGACUACAUAUCUCUCAUGACGAAAGCUGCGGAUGCCUUCCCAACGGCGAAUCACGGUACUGAAACGACGAAACCAUCCGAGAUUGAAGAAACGGAUGGCGAAACUAUAGAAGCACUGGAACUGGGACAGUCGGAUGCCGCGGAACCAGCACUUGCGACCCCUGCGUCCUGAAUGCGUGGAUUUGAAAGGCGUAUAUGGAGCGCAUUUGGUGUGCCAAGCCUACAUAUAUCGGAAGCUAUGUAGGCACCUAUUACGUAGUGGAUCCAUCCCUCCCUCCGAUGUACAGGGGCCUGAAUCUGGCUUCCCAUAGAGAAAUCGUGUAGUUGUGGUCGCCUCAGUCCUGUGUUCGGUUAGGAGACUUGAUUGAUUGAAAUGAAGUUGCUUUCUUAGAUGCAUCUUCAAAAGGCGU